GUAAGGACAGAGGGCAGGGAAAGAGAGCUUUGGGAAUGGGAAAACUGGUGAUGAGCAUUGGGAAAGUAUUUUCAUGUUUCAUAAAUACAACAGAUUCUUCCACUUCCUGCAACUUAUACAGAUUGGAAAUUGAAGACAGUAAUAAUUUUGAUCAGAAACAGCCAUUAAUGCCCAAACAAACGACAUCAACAACUCAUGAUCUUCUCGGAUUCAAGGAUGUGAUUACUCAUCAAAACGAAACUCUCCCUCUUCAGUUCAACCCCAAGGUGGUGGUGGUGAGGGUGUCAAUGCAUUGCAAUGGCUGUGCUAGAAGAGUUGAGAAACAUAUAUCCAAGAUACAAGGCGUGGAAUCAUGGAAGGUAGAUAUGGAAAGAGAGACUGUGGUUGUUACGGGAGAUGUUUUUCCUUUUGAAGUUAUGCAAUGUAUUUCUAAAGUGAAGAGUGUAGAGAUUUUGGAGCCUCAGGUUUGAUCUGGAAGUAUUUUUGCAAAUUCAACAACAUUUGGAUUCAACUUGACAACUGGGUUCAACUUGACAACGAAUUCAUUUUUUUUUCUUCUAAUGCAAGAAGUAGUUGAAAAAAAAAAUCAAAAGUCCUAUCAUGAUCUACAAGUUUAUUAAUCGUUCGAGAAUUUAGAGUCUUACAUUUAUGAUCGAAAUGCCUAGUUUUGCCAUAGUCUCGGCUAAAUUGUUUUCAAAUUGUAUAGUAUAUUGAAUAAAAUAAUUCAAAAUUUCCAUCGACUUUCGUGAA